CUCUAGUCAUAUAUAAGUUCCAAAAUUAUUAAUCUAGCCAUCAGUUUUCGAUCCUCCGUGAUCUAAGAAACACUAAUAAUAUUUUUAUAAAUAAUGGCGUUCAAGUUUGUUGCUCUCGCUACCCUCUUAGCAGUCGCUAAUGCAGGAGUAGUACCCUACGCUUACCAGGCGCCAGCUCACCUAAGUGUUGGACACUACGCCUCAGCACCGGUUGCCUACGCCCCCGUAGCCAAGACGGUUCUAACCAAAGCCGUGGAUACUGAGUACGACCCUCACCCAGAGUACAACUUCUCCUACGGCGUACACGACAGCUUGACCGGUGACGCAAAGACCCAGCAGGAAACUCGCCACGGAGAUGUUGUUGAAGGGAGCUACAGUCUUGUUGAAGCUGAUGGAACUCGCCGCGUUGUUCACUACACUGCUGAUGAUGUCAACGGAUUCAACGCUGUAGUUGAAAAACAACCCGCUGCUGUUGCUGUUAAAGCUGUUGCUCCAGUAGUUCACGCUGCUCCAGUUGCCUACAAAGCUGCUCCAGUUUAUCACUCUGCUCCCGUUUACCAAGCUGCUCCAGUAGCUUACAAAGCUGCACCAGUUUACGCAGCAGCACCUGUUCACUACACUGAGGCCGUCUACCACCACUUUUGUGUAACCACUACUUAUCCAAAAAGAACUUUGUCGAAUUGGGGUCCCAUUAACUGGAAUCACCGGGAAUCAACCAGUAGAGGGGUGCACGCAAGGGGUAUAAAGGACGCAGGACGCAAGAGACUGUAUUCAGUACAACUGUCUGUUUCACAAGUAUUACUGAUUCGUCAGAUUCCACAUAAUUCAAAAAUGGCUUUCAAGUUCAUCACCCUUUUCGCACUCGUAGCCGCAGCAAACGCUGGAUUCGUGCCAGCAAGUUACCACGCUCCAUUGGCAUACGCUGCACCAGCGGCCUACGCAGCUCCAGCAUUAACUAAGAUCGCUACUCCUGUCUUGGCAAAAUCUGAAGAUGCUUACGACCCUCACCCACAAUACAGUUUCUCGUACGACGUCCAUGACUCAAUUACCGGCGACAACAAGCAGCAAUACGAAUCCCGAGAUGGAGACUCUGUUCAUGGAAGCUACAGCUUGCUCGAAGCUGAUGGAUCCCGACGAAUUGUUGACUACACUGCCGACUCCAUCAACGGAUUCAACGCUGUUGUUCGCAAAGAACCCGCAUCUGCUCCAAUUGCCCUUGCCCAUGCUGCCCCUGUACUCAAAGCAGCACCUUUGGUUCAUGCUGCACCAGCACCAUUCGCCUACGCUGCACCUUUGGCCAAGCUUUACCACUAAAUUUCACUAGUUAAUUUAGUACCGCACUAGCACAAACUUAAAAUGACUGAAUCACUUUAUUAUUUUAUAAUAGAGCACUUUUUGACUUGUAUAGAUA